CGAGACUAAUCCAAUAUGGCGUACAAACAGAGGGUGGCUGAGUUCCAGACUGUCCUCAAUGCGCAAGUUAUCAAUAUUAGAAGGCUACGAAUGCUGUGUUUCAAUGGUAUACCAGAUGAUUCAGGGAUCCGUGCUCUUUGUUGGAAGUUGAUGCUUGGUUACCUACCCUUAGAAAGAGAGUCUUGGAGUAAAUUCUUAGGAACACAAAGGUCAACCUAUAAACAGUUUGUUCAUGAGAUUAUAGUAGAGCAAAGUAGAGGUGUAAAAUCAGGAGCUCACGGGAGUGAAACACAUGUAGACCAUCCAUUGAAUCCAAAUCCAGACAGUGGAUGGGUGGGAUACUUCAAAGACAAUGAAACUCUUUUACAAAUCGAUAAGGACUGCAGGAGGCUUCUCCCUGACAUUUCCUUUUUCCAAAUGGCGACAAGAUAUCCUAACGAGGAAAUGAUGGGUGAUGAUAUUGAUUUUGAAACUCUGCAAAAGCGUGUUCAAAACCAGCACUUAGAGGCCUCACAUGUGAACACAAGUAGAGUAGGAAUAACCAAUGUAUCAACCAAGUUGAAAAAGGUUGCUACAGAAGAAUACAGUGUAUUAGAAGAGGGUCAAGAGGCACAUUGGGAAGUUGUAGAAAGAAUUCUCUUCAUAUAUGCAAAACUGAAUCCAGGGAUUUCUUAUGUACAGGGUAUGAAUGAGAUUCUUGGCCCUCUGUACUACAUAUUUGCUUCCCACUCAAAUCCUGAGUGGCAAGCUCAUGCUGAGGCAGACUCGUUUUUUUGUUUCACCAAUUUGAUGUCUGAAAUAAGGGAUAAUUUUAUAAAAAGUCUAGAUGAAUCAGCAACGGGUAUAGGGAAUAUGAUGAAGCGUGUAUUGAAUCUACUUAGAGAAAAAGAUCUUGAACUUUAUAUUUCAUUAGAAAAACAGCAAAUGAAGCCACAGUUUUACACUUUUAGAUGGUUAACAUUAAUGCUUUCACAGGAGUUUGACCUCCCAGAUGUGAUACGAGUAUGGGACUCCCUUUUUGCUGAUGAAAAGCGAUUUGAAUUUCUUAUCUUUGUUUGCUGUGCAAUGCAUAUUGUAAUACGUGACCAGCUACUUGUGGGUGACUUUGUCCAAAGUAUGAAACUCUUACAAAACUAUCCAGAGACUGAUAUCCAGAAAAUCCUAUCAAAGGCAAUAGAGCUGAAGAAACCACCAAUUGUUGUUCCUAAACAGGAACGACACCAAAAAACAAGGUUUACUUUGAAGAAAAAGUAACUCUAGUCACAGUGAAGGCUCUAUUUCUAGGCUGGGAGGGGAGGGGAGGGGGUUUAUUCAUUCACGACAUUCCAUACUCAGGUUCAGUGACUAUGAACAAAGCAUUGAACUGAGGCGUCAAGGAACACUGAACACAGAUUUUUUCUUUUAUGUUCACUGUAUCUUGACGCCUCGUUUCAAUGGUUUGUUCGUGGUCACUGAACCUGAGUAUGAAAAGUCGUGAAUUAGCUUUCUAAUUUUGUACAUAAUUUAAUUCACUUGCUAGAGAAAAUUUAUAUAUUUGAUGUGGAAGUAUAGACAAUUACGCAAUACCAUGUCACGUAGAGUGACAGUCACGUACUUGGUCACAAUGUGAUUGUUUUGCAGACUUUGUCUCAAUAUAGAAAAAAAUAUUUAGAAUUAUUUUUAUGUAAAAAAAAUCAUAAGGAAUCUAGAAAUAUCUAUGUGAUAUUCUGGAUUCCAAAAACAAUCGGAAAGAACGGCGAAGUCGAUUAAAAAAGCAAUGUCAUCAGUGAAAACAGCCAGGGAAUAUGGAUAAGCAGGGGCGGAUCCAGCCAGUGGGUGCAGGGGGUAUGCACCCCCUCCUGAGAUCUCUAUCCUUCAAUACUUUACUUAUUUUGUAUCUUCAACAGUAACGAUUUUUCUGGGUUGCACCCCCUCUUGAGAGCCCUGCACCCCUCCCUGAGGAAAAUCCUGGAUCCGGCCCUGAUACGUUUCAUUAUAAAGAGGACUUAACCAAAAUCAUGCAUAAAUCGGCUGACGGUUUAUAUAAAAUGUUAUAUUUUUUACAGAAUGUACGAUGUUAUACAUAGAUAGUAGAGUUUUGACCAUUAAACAAAUUAAAAUUCUUUAAUAUCA